UGUAGGGGGGUACAUUUUGACAGUAGUAGAGAUGGCGACGUUCGUAGGAGAGCGUUGGAGGAGCGAGUUGCCUGGACAUGAUUUAUUCACCAAACUCCGUGAAAACCUCGAUCGUGACUUUAGAGGAAGCGGUAGGACGCCAGCCAAGAACCUGGCCUUCUGCUUAAAUGGAGAUUUAUUUGUGUGGGACGAAGCCAACAGCGUUUUUUAUACGACGAACCUGCGACAGCUAGAUGUUUCGGAUGGAGCAAAUUAUCAGACCCUGAUGUGUAUCAACCCACCGCUGUUUGAAGUCUACCAGGUGCUGCUGAGCCCCACGCAGUACCAUGUGGCUCUGAUCGGGCGCCGGGGAGCCAGUGUGCUGGAGCUGCCCCAGCGAUGGGGAAAGAGAUCGGAGUUUGAGGGGGGCCGUCCACGGAUUAACUGCAAGACCAUUCCUGUGGCUGAGCGCUUCUUCACCAGCUCGGGCUCCGUGAUCCUGAGAGACGUGGCCUGGUACCCCAGUGAGACCGAGGAGCCCCACCUGGUCCUGCUCACAUCUGACAACACGCUAAGGUUCUACAAUCUGAAGGAGCCCCAGUCUCCGGCCCGGGUCCUCUGUCUGUCUCAGUGUGAAGAGGAGAAUGCUGUCCGCACACAAGGGCGGUCCUACGCGGCCUCGCUGGGGGAGAUCGCGGUGGCGUUUGACUUUGGGCCGCUGGGCUGUGCUCCUCGCCAGCUCCUGGGACAGCGGGUGAAGGAGGAGGUCCUGGCGUACCCUCUGUACAUCCUGUAUGAGAAUGGGGAGACCUACCUGACCUACAUCAGCCUAGCGCACAGCGGGGGCAGUCUGGGAAAGCCCCUGGGCCCUCUGCCCAUGCACCCCGCGGCUGAGGACAACUACGGCUAUGAUGCCUGCGCCGUGCUCUGCCUGCCGUGUGUGCCCAACAUCCUGGUCAUCGCCACCGAGACGGGCACGCUGUACCACUGCGUAGUGCUGGAGGCUGAGGAGGAUGAAGAGGCUGGGGCUGGCGAGCGCUGGGCGCGGGGCUCCGAGGCCGUGCCCUCGCUCUACGUGUUCGAGUGCGUGGAGCUGGAGCUCACGCUGAAGGUGGCGGCGGGCAGGGAGGAGGAGGAGGCCCUGGAGUCCGACUUCACCUGUCCGAUCAGACUCCACAGAGACCCUCUUUGCCAGCAGAGGUACCACUGUACCCAUGAAGUAGGUGUCCACAGCGUGGGACUCACCUGGGUCAACAAGCUGCAUAAAUUCCUCCAGUCAGAUGAAGAGGACAAGGACAGCCUGCAGGAGCUGGCGGCUGAGCAGCGCUGCAUGGUGGAACACAUCCUGUGCACCCGGCCGCUCAGCAGCAGCUCUUCAGCUCCUGUCCGAGGUUUCUGGAUUGUGUCAGACCUCUCCCUCGGAGCCACCAUGAUCUGCAUCACCAGUACCUACGAGUGUCUCACACUCCCCCUGCUGAGCUCCAUUCGGCCACACUCCCCUCCCCUGCUGUGUUCCCGCCCAGGGGCGGGGCUUGGCAGCUCUCCCUUGCGCGGAUUGGCUGAGGAUUCCUUCGAGCAGCACAUCCGCAACAUUCUGGCUCGCAGCUCAACCAAUCCCUUGCUCCUGAGGGCGGGAGAGAAGGACUCUGCUCCGCCUCCUUCCGAGUGUCUCCAGCUGCUGAGCCGGGCCACCCAGGUGUUCCGGGAAGAGUACAUUCUCAAGCAGGACCUGGCCCGUGAAGAGAUGGAGCGCAGGGUGAAGCUGCUAGGCGAACAGAAAAAGAAGCAGCUGGAGGACCUGGCACUGUGCCGAGAGGAGAGGAAAAGCCUAAGGGAGAUGGCAGAGCGCCUGGCUGAGAAGUACGAAGAUGCCAGGUAUCGCCAGGAGGCCAUCAUGAACAGGAUGAAGCAGGUUCUGGGCAGCCUGAGAUGCCAGCUGCCUGUGCUGUCCGACAGUGAGAAGGACAUGAGGAAGGAGCUACAGACCAUCAGUGACCAGCUGCGCCACCUGGGCAAUGGCAUCAAACAGGUGACAAUGAAGAUGGACUAUCAGAAGAAGCAGAUGGAGAAAGGAAUGACAACCCCCAGGACUAGUCUUGCGCUUAACGCCAACCAACGGAAAUGUGUCCAGUCUGUGCUUAAAGAACAGUCAGAGCACAUCGCAGACAUGAUGAAACAGAUCAAAGACAUCAAGAACCACUUCAGCUUUUGAUGGGGGAGGGGGUAUUUCAGAUCUUAAACUCAACUGCUCUGCUAGGUUGUACAAAAUGCAUCUCAAAGGGCUCCAAACCUACACUUGUCAAGGUAGUGUUUUUUCCAGGCAGCAGGCUUCUAUCCAUCUCUAUUAUACUACAAUAAGUUAAAACAUUUUUAAAGGCUUUUCUAUUUGACUUGUCUUUGGAGCGGAACAGGUCAAUGCCAAUGUCUUGAACAUGCCCUCUUUGCACUGGACUUGGAUUAACCAAGACAAAACUGGAAUCCAGAUGCAGUGUUUAAGUUCUAGUUUGUACACCAUGUUUUUAUACAUGAACUUUAUGUAUAUUGAUCUAACAACAGAUUAAACUUUUUUGUGACUUUC